AUGUUUGUAAACCGUGCCAAUGUUUUCAAGCAACUGUCCUCGUUAAUCUGUCUUCGUUUUACUCACACACGACGAGGUGAAUUAUAUAACAAAUGCUACCAGUUACUCGGUGUUACCGAACACUCCGACCAGAACACGGUCCGGCAGGCUUAUUUAUCCCUCGUUAAAAAACUGCACCCAGACAGCGGACAUCCGGACGCGAGCUCUGAUCGGUUUGCCGAAGUCGACGGAGCGUUUCGUAUUCUUCAGGAAAAAUUUGCCAAAGCACGGCGCGGUAUUGUUGAGGAUCUGCACGAACAGGUGAAGGUGUACGACAUCCGACACACGGCCCCGCAGCAUCGACAGUAUCUUAGCUUCGAUGGCGUCGGCUUCGGAACGCCUGCCCAGCGCCAAAAACAAUACCAAGCCGUCCGGGCACAGAAAGCCCAGGAACGGGUCCUCGAGCAUCGACUCUCGAAAGCGCAGGCAUCGGAAACGGCACUCAUGCGUAAAGGGGACUACUUCAAGAAGCACGAAAUAAAAACCAAAUACGGCUUCGAUCGCGUAGUGGAGGAUCUGAUCCAGGAAGCGAUGUCGCGUGGCGACUUUAGUAACCUAUCCGGCUUCGGUAAGCCACUUCCCGACCACCAGUCUCAAAAUCCGUACGUCGACUUCACCACCCAUAAGAUUAACAAAAUUUUGCUCGACAAUGGGUUUACCCCCGAAUGGAUUACCCUGCACAAAGACCUACGAGAGGCGGUGGCAGCGUUACGUGGGGCGCUCCAGAGUGCACGCGCUACGCUUGGGCCACUUCCGCUAACCGUACAGGAGGUGCAACGGUGGGAAAAGGUGCUCGAUGAGCACCGGUACGAUGCGGAGAGAAUCAACAAAAUGAUCGAUAAGUUCAACUUGAUCGUACCGAUACUGAACAAACAGAUGGUACGCCUCGAUCUGGAUCGACUCGCUAGAGAACUUCUCGAGAAAGGUCCCGAAGCGUCCAGUUCUACCCUUCCUAACCGUCCCCGGCGAGAGGAAAUUGAAAGACCACCUGCACGUAGCACCCAAAGCGAAACACCCGACAAUAAGUCUAGUCUUCUAGGAUUUAUUGGUUCAUUGUUUGGUCAUUCAUUGUGAGUAGAUGUAACGAGUGAUGAUUCAGUGAGUAACAAAAGCUAAGAUAAAAUAACAGCGCCCUUACUGACUGUGACAUUCGUGUUGUAUGAUCGAUCGACUAUUUGAUAAGGCCGUUCGCGACCAAACGCAAUGCUCGCGGGUACGCAAUGUGCUCCGCCCGGUGAAUUCGCUCCGUGAGUGUUUCUUCCGUGUCGCCUGGCAAAACUGGCACGCGUUCCUGUAGGAUGAUAGCGCCGGUGUCCACUCCUUCGUCCACGAAGUGUACCGUGCAGCCCGACUCUAGAUCGCCCGCUGCCAAGGCCUGUCGUUGUGCAUGGGUUCCUUUAUGCUUCGGAAGUAGUGCCGGAUGAAUGUUGAUGAGCCGGCCAGCCCACCGUCGGACAAAGUCGCUCGAAAGGAUGCGCAUAAAUCCGGCGAGACACACAAGAUCGACACGAGCCUCUUGCAACGCACCCGAAACUGCUUCAUCGAACUGCUCUCGGCUAGCGAAGUCCUUGUGAUGGAUCACUGUCGAGGGAAUGUUGGCCUUCGCUGCCCGUUCGAGUCCCAGGACGCCUGGUUUGUUCGAAACCACCAACACGAUCUCGCCUCGAAUGCCCGCCGCAGUUGUACGCGUGGCGUCGAUCAGGGCCUGCAGGUUGCUUCCGGUACCAGAGAUGAGUACAGCGAUACGCUUCUUUGGCAGCGUACAGGACCGUUGGGCCGUCAGAAGACCCUGUUCGAAGUCACGCACGAUAACACGCGCUCCAGUAGCCAAAUCGCGCUUCACCACCGUUCCCAACGGUUGCCCACCGACCGGGCGCAACUCUCCGAGAACGGUUUGCUCGUGUUCCGGUGCUACCACCAACACCAUUCCAAUGCCACAGUUGAACGUUCGUAGCAUUUCGUCGGCCCGAACGUUCCCGGCACGCGAUAGCCAGCCGAAGAGGGGUGAAAUGUGCAGAUCCGCGAGGUUUAGAAACGCGGCCAGUUCCGCGGGCAGCACGCGUGGUAUGUUUUCCGUGAAACCACCGCCCGUGAUGUGUGCCAGCGCUUUCACAUGCCCCCGGGCCAGCAAGGGUUGCAGCUCUCGCACGUAGAUCUUGGUCGGCACGAGCAGCUCUUCGGCGAACGUUCUUCCCGUCGCACUGAACGGCGCAACGUCACGAUACGUUACCCCAGCGUAGUCCAGAAUUUUGUGCACUAAACUGAACCCAUUACUAUGUACUCCGCUCGACGGCAACCCGAUCAGCAC